CCAGCAUGAUACAGCAAUUCAUUGCCGGAAUGAAUGCUUGUGGCCAGAUGUGGCAAGUUGUCCAGAGAAACUGGGAAACCUUUGCACCACUAUUCACACAUACAACUAAAAAGCUGUCACGGAAUGAUAUUCGAGGACUCUUCGACAUUAAAUGGAGUCCACAAGGCAGCAACAAAAGAGAUCAGGAGGAGGACACCAUCUUCCUUUGGGAGUGGUGGUUGAUGUCAAUUGAAAAUAACGAGCUAGAUGUUACUUUGGAGGACAUACUCAUUUUUGUAACCGGAGCAGAUUCUGUACCCACACUGGGUUUUCCACACAACUGUGAAAUUCAGUUUUAUGACCAAGAACCUGAAAGCCAGCGAGUUCCAUACUCUUCCACCUGUGCCCUCAUUUUGUACCUGCCAAGAAGCAUUACAGAAGAGGUGGUGUUUAAGGACUUCAUGCAGAUGGCCAUUAAGGGUUCUGUGGGCUUCGGAAAGGUCUAAUUGGCAUGUCCUUGUCCCUUUCAUGU